GCACAUCCGCACUCUUAAUCUCUGUUCUUGUUCCAGGUUAAAUGGUAAUCUAAACUACCAACCAUGUACAACCUGAAUGUGAACGUGAAUCCUAGUCCGACGGCUGCCGCGGGUCUUCUCGGUGUCGCGGCGGCCGAGGUCACACCAAGGACACCGGAAAUCGUAAACUCCCUAAUCGCCAUGACCAAUCCCUUCGAGGGCUACACGAACGAGAAGAGCAGGGACCGUACAGACUCGACUAGCAGCGGUGAGCCGAGCCCACCGAGUGUUCAGCACACCUGUAGUCAGCUCAUUAAAGAAGGAUUGAAGUUGACGCUGCAGACAAAAAGGAGAGCCAAUGGGACCGGUGAUGAUAUGAGGAAGAAGACAAAGAAGGAAGACGGAAGCGCGGACGACGAGGAAGAAGAGGAAGCCAGCAGCAACAACAACCGCGGUGGACUAACACCAGAGGACGAGGAGAGACGCCGAAGAAGACGCGAGCGGAACAAGAUAGCCGCUACCAAGUGUCGGUUGAAGAAACGCGAGAAGACGGUGACCUUGGUGCAGGAGUCAGAGAUCCUCGAAACGCAGAACCACGACUUGAAAUCACAGAUCCAGGAAUUAGAGACGCAGAGACGCAGGCUAGUGGACAUGUUGAAUCUCCAUGGACCGACGUGCUUGAAGCAAGGUGGCACAGACAAUUCGUACCAGCAGUAUGCAGAACCGUUGCAGUUGCCCAGUUACCAGGAGAACUUCGUGCAACCACCACCCGCAUUGAACCAGCCUCAAAACUGCGUGACAGAAUACCCGGUGAAGGUGGAAGAGUACGAAAGUGACUUUUAUCGACAAGAAAGUCCCUUCGUGCCGACUUCAGACGCUGGUUGCACGGUUUAGUAGCUUUAUCGACGUUUCACCGCGCCAUUGCAGAGAUUCGUUUUAUCGGUUAAAGAAGAUGAUACAUGGUUUCGAUCAAACAUCUAAAAUCUUUUGACGAUGAAAGAAUAGUUGUAUGCAUUCCAAGAACACAUAAGAAAGCGGAAAUAUCUGAUGUUAGUUGGUGAAAUACGUAGGACGAUUUAGCAAUUUUGCACGAUUAAUGAAAUUCGUUAAAAUUGAUAAAAAUUGAUUUUCAUCUAUAAUCGAUAGAGUAAUUAUUUUGUUAAAAAUUAUAAAAUUACAAAAGGGAAGUCUGUCACUACAAUUUACCAUUUGUCAAUUCAUUGAUAUUAUUAAUUAGUGAAUUAUUGCAAGAGCCAUGAUUUCUCUUUCGAUAAAUCGAAUCUCCUGGAUCUCCGUGUCUCUGUUAAUCGCAAGUCUGUAGCUCGUAAGUUGAUUACUGUAAUAAUA